AUGGCCUGGCGCCGCAGAUUGACCGGGCUUGUUUUCCUCAGCUUCUCAUUUCAGUUUUUCUGGAACUUCUCCCUGCCCCUGCCAGGAAGAACAGGUGGACAGGAGCCCCCGGAGCCCAACCACGACAACCGCUUCGUCAUCGAUGUGGCCAACGAGCUGUGGUAUGGAGCAGAUGACAUGCUGACAGCCGGGGCUUUCAUGGGUGACGAGGGCUGGGCGAACCGCGGCGAGAGCCCCGCAACAUUGGGCUCAGUGGGCAUCUCGCUGAGGAAUGCUGCUGAGGCACUCUUACUGGCGGACUGGUAUGAUUUCUCCGGCGAGUUGGAGGUUGCUGGUGCCGCAGGCGACUACUACUUUCUCGAGGAGGAUUUCUCCUCCAUUGGAGCUGCCCUGCCUGGCGAUCCGGACUCAGAGGAGGACUUCGAGACCUGGGGAGCCGAGCAGUCCGCGCCAACGGCGGCUGUGGCUGCCGCCGCUCUGGACCGGCUGAGCGCUGAGAUCGACUCGCUCGCCGGGCGGAUCAACGAGGGGUCAGUGGCUGCUCAGGCCCUGGAACGGACUGCGGAGAACUGCCGGCGAGCUGGGAGGCUCCUGCAAGGGCAGCCUGCCGAUGAGUCCGACGAGGACGACGGCGCGGACUCCACGCCUCUGCCCUCCAAUGUGCGCGCGGCCCUCGAGGAGGCGGCAAAUGAUGCGGAGCGGCGAAGCACUCUUCGUCGGCUUCUGAAAGAGUACCAUCCGGACCAGAACCCUGGCGAAGAGGACGCCGUGCUGCCCGUCUUCAUGAAGCUUCAAGAACUCCGCGAUCAAUCUGGCGACUGA